GGUAUAUCUUGUCUCAACAGGCUUGAAUUUAUAUAUAAUUUGCCCUAUAUUUUCGUUAACCAUCUUACAUACAAAUUUACAAAUAAAAGACAAAAGAAAAAAAAAAAAAAAAAAAAGAGUGAAUAGAUAUGGAAGCAGAGGGAACCAAGAAUGAACUCAAUGAAGAAUAUCCAAUGAAAGAUGGAGAUGGCCCUUACAGCUAUGGAAAGAAAUUCGAAAUCCAGGGAAUAGUUAGUGAGGAGAAAUUGGAUAGCUUUAAUGUACCAAUAUAUGAAAUGUCUCCCCAAGAAUUGGAAGCAGGUGUUGAAAGAAAUGGAUGUUUUAAUAUAGAGACAAUUGAAUACAUACAUCAUGAGAAAGAUGAUCGUUCUCGGUCUUUAAUGAAUGCCAAAGUAUUUGCAUCUCACAUAAGAGCUUCCUUAGAGAGGAUUAUCAAGAAGCAAUUUGGUGAGGACAUUUUAGAUGUGCCGUUUGACUCUUACGGGAAGAAAAUUGAAGAAAAUCCCUCGAUUUUGAAGUCAGUGAAAAACGUCAACUUCUUUGUCGUCCUUAAACGCAAGGCAGCAAAUUAGCUUAGCUUUAGCUAGCUACAACUUGCUUUCUUCACCCUUUUAUAUAAUCUGUCAGUGUUUGUAUAUUGUUAUAUAUAUAGUAUUGCAUUUUCUUUUUUUUUUUUGGUUAUCAUUAAUUAAUAAAUAAUGUCAGGAACGUUUAUAUAAAUUAGAAAUUAUUAGCUUGAUUAUUGUUUUGAAAAA